UCAAAGUAUGUGCAAUAAUACGAUGCAUGAAGAAUUUUAACAAUUUACAUCCGUGAUCCGUGUUUAGUUUUCAGGUGUUUAUCACCAAUUCACCAGUAUUAAUUUCAUAUCGUCAUUAAUUUGAUUUGUUUUAAUAAUAAAAUAUUAUUUCUCAAACUCAAGCAUUGAAAUGGCUGGUCCCAUGGAUAGAAUUCAAGUAUUGGACGAAAUUGAAAAAGAUAUCAUCACUUGUCUGCAGUGUGCCGCUCAAGCACUUCUUGAACUAGGGAAAGAAAAAUCAAGUCAAAAACAAGCAGAGAGUAACACAUCACAAUUUUUAAGAACACUUAGCCAAGUGGAGUCAAAAUUAAGUGACCAGAUUAAUUACCUGACUCAGGUAUCUACAGGGCAACCUCAUGAGGGUUCUGGUUAUGCUUCUCAAAAGGUUUUACAAAUGGCAUGGCACAGAUUAGAGCAUGUUAGAUCAUGGAUUAACGAAUUGGAAAGGUUAAAGGCUUCACAUUUAGCUGCAAGUGGUAGAACAGUUUCUGGCAUACCUAAUGGUGGUACUAUGACCUCAUCAGGAACCAGCACUCAAUAAAUUUCAUACUAAAUA